CAGCCGCGCCGCGCGGGGCCGCGAUGUCGUCCCGACCCGGGCGGGACGACGCGGGGGCAGGGGGCGCGCGGCGGCCGCGAGAGCCUCCGGAGCAGGAGCUGCAGCGACGCCGGGAGCAGAGGCGGCGGCGGCACGACGCGCAGCAGCUGCAGCAGCUCAAGCACCUGGAGUCCUUUUAUGAAAAACCUCCUCCUGGACUUAUCAAGGAAGAUGAGACUAAGCCAGAAGACUGUAUACCAGAUGUCCCAGGCAAUGAACAUGCCAGGGAAUUUCUGGCCCACGCACCAACCAAAGGACUUUGGAUGCCACUGGGGAAAGAAGUCAAAGUCAUGCAGUGUUGGCGUUGUAAACGGUAUGGUCACCGAACAGGCGACAAAGAAUGCCCUUUCUUUAUCAAAGGCAACCAAAAGUUAGAGCAGUUCAGAGUAGCACAUGAAGAUCCCAUGUACGACAUCAUUCGAGAGAAUAAACGACAUGAAAAGGAUGUAAGGAUUCAACAGUUAAAACAGUUACUGGAGGAUUCAACAUCAGAUGAAGAUGGGAGCAGCUCCAGUUCCUCAGAAUGUAAAGAGAAACACAAGAAAAAGAAGAAGAAAGAGAAGCAUAAGAAAAAGAAGAAAGAAAAGAAAAAGAAGAAAAAACGAAAGCAUAAGUCUUCCAAGUCAAAUGAGAGUUCAGACUCAGAAUGACAACAGCUUGACUUGUUCAACAUUCUCUUCUCAAAAAUCAAAACACUGUGGCCAAAGAUCAGAGGAAUGUGGAAUCAGAGAGGAAUAGGAGAGAGAGACACCAAGAGAGGAGGAGAUUUGGUGUCACAGGUGUGAAUUCUCACCUACCUUCCAGUAAAGAUGUGACCCCCCCAGAAGAGUGAGUUGUAUCUUGCCAGGUGCUAGCUCUGGACAGCGGCUGAUUUCAGGCUGGAAAGCUUUUCUCAUUGUUCUCCUCCCUGCUGAUCACUGUGGGUCCUGAUUCCUUAGAAAUGCCUCUGGCAGGGUGGCCAGACUAAGGGAAUCUCUGAGGAAGCUCCUCCAGGUGCUGCCACAGCUUCCACCCUCCAUGGUGGGGCUACUUAAUGCCCUUAGAUUUCAGACUUGACUUUCCUCUGUUGUCGAGGAUAAUAAAAGCUCAUUAUUUAUUUUUUAAA